AUGCCGUUACGUGUAGAUUUUCUCACUUUAAUUGGUCGAAUCUUAUUAUUAUUACCUUCCAAUAAUGCAAAUGUUCAAGAAAUUGAAUAUCUUUUAACGUUUCUUUCACUCUUCUCGUCUACUUUGAGUGUUCAAGAAUUAAUAUCAUCGAGAAAUCGUCGCAGAAGACUUAGAAGAAAUUUUAACGGAUACGAUAUUUUUGCAAUGUUUGUUUCAAUAAUUGCAUCACGAUAUUAUUCAUUCACUGACGCAAGAAUAAUAAGAAAUGCUUCUUGUAGAAUUUGGAGACAUCACCUUCUACCACGAGUUAGAAAUUGUUUUAUAUUUUUAGCUCGAAUAAUUAAUAACAAUAAUCGUGAUCGGUUUAAUAAUAACGUUUUAGAUGAUGAAGAAGAAACCAAUGAUGGCCUCAUUCGAGUUUAUGAAUUUUAUAAUGGAAUCCCAUACGAUUACUAA